UGGUUGACAUAUUACCAUGUUUGAAGUCCAACUGAAUUAUCUUUGUCCAGCUUUUUGGAACUUCCUGAAGGGAGUUGGUACUGUCCACAGUGCACUUGCCGGAAAUGUGGGGACGUGGUUAAAUAUAGUGAAGCAUUGAGAUCCUCCAGUGCAUUAAAAUGUUCACAGUGUGAGCAUAAAUAUCAUGAAGCAUGCAGUAUGCUAAGGGUUACAAAAGGUGGAGAGGCCUCUGAUACUUGGUUCUGCAGUGAAAGCUGUCAGGAGGUAUAUGAAGGUCUUCGCUCUCGAAUUGGGCUCAUUAAUCUUCUGACUGAUGGCUUGUCAUGGACUCUUUUGAGGUGCAUUCAUGGUGACCACAUAGUUCAUUCUGCUCAGCGGUUUAUUGCUUUGAAGGCAGAAUGCAACUCAAAGUUAGCAGUUGCCCUUACGAUUAUGGAGGAGUGCUUUCUUCCCAUGGUGGAUCCGAGAACAGGCAUAGAUAUGAUACCCCAUGUAAUAUACAGCUGGGGAUCACAACUUGCACGAUUAAAUUAUCAUGGAUUCUACACAGUGAUCCUGGAGAAAGAUGACAUAUCAGUAGCGGUAGCAUCAAUAAGGAUCCAUGGAGUAACAGUUGCUGAGAUGCCCCUUAUUGCAACAUGCAGUAAAUACCGUCGCCAGGGAAUGUGCAGGCGCCUACUGAAUUCUAUACAGGAGAUGCUAAAUUGUUUCAAGGUUGAGAAACUUGUAAUAUCAGCUAUUCCAAGUUUAGUGGAAACAUGGACAGCUGGCUUUGGCUUUGAACUCUUGGAAGAUAGCGAGAAACAAAAUCUAAGUCAUAUCAACCUCAUGGUGUUCCCGGGAACUGUAUGGUUGAAGAAGUCUUUGUUUCAAGCUGCUGAGGCAGAUCAACUGAGUGUUCAUCCGGGAGAAGCAGCAUCCUGCCACGAAAAUGGCGUCGCCAUUAUUGAGCCGAUUCAACAUCAUUUGCCAUCUCAAGAUGCCAAUGCAGGAGCUGAUGUCAGACACCUACCUCAGUCUGAGAGUUUGCAAUUCAAUGAAGAUCAAGGUGGUAAUAAUCUUGAUGGUCAAUUUUCCAGGACCUCCCAUGAGGAAUCAGCUGUAUGGUUUAUGGAAAACAAGAUUUUCGAUAUAGAAACUCAUGAGCCUGGGCAAGGUUGUGAAGGAAAUAUCUCUAAUAAAUAUUUAGAGCCUGAAACUGAAAUCAGGAAGUCGGACUCUAAUAAAUUGCAACUAGAGGAGGUCCCAGAUGUUCAUGCUCUGCGUGGUGAGUGCUCAAAACUCUCUCAGGAAUUAUCGGCCGUGACGUUUAGCAGCCACCGGGAAGUAGGUUGUAGAGUAGAUACUUUGCAGAUACAUGAGGAAAGACAAUUUUGUUUAGAUGAAGUGUCACAGAGAAUUAAUGUAUUCCAAGGGAACGGGAAAUGACAUUGAUUAUUUUUUA